AAAAAGUAUAUAAUACUUAAAAAUAAUUUAUAUAUAAUAUUCAUUCCGCGCAAGGUGCGGGUCUUAACCUAGUAAGAUUAAUAAAACAAGUAAAAAACAGAUUUUGAGAAUAGAGAAACAUACAAAGUUGAAAAAAUACCAACGUAUCCUUGAGAAAAGAAAAAUUUUGGGUCUUCAUCUGUAAUUCAACGACAUACCACGGAAACCACAAAAAAACUUAGUUCGUCGGUAUUUAUGUUAUUAUGUUGGUAAUUACCGAUGAGUUACCGACGAACAAAUAGUUUCCUUGGAAAUUCGUAGGUAAUUACUGAACAACUAAGGUUGCGGGUCUCAAAUAUUAAAUCUAUAAGUAAUAUCGGGUUCGUACAAGAGAACUAUGUUAUAUAAUAAGUGUCUAAUGGCAUGUGGUGUAACAAGCUACUUCUUAUAAUUUUUUAAAAUUUCCAGUUUAACAUAUCGAGUGAAUCACUAACUUUUCCAUAAUACCUAUAUACUUAAACAAACACUUUAUGUUGAUUCAUCUUUACAAUUUUAAUUUUUUUAAAGUGUUUUCAAACUGUUUUAAGAUUAUAGACUCAUAAAACCUCAUCUCUACGAUAGAUUGAUAUUGUUAGUGUGAUUGUCUUAGGUUUUGAAACUCUAAAACCCAAAUUCGUCUGUAAUUUCUGACAAAUUUGGGGUUUAUAUAUGUUGACUGACCAAUGAAGCAGCAUGCACAAAAUAUGCCUUAUCCAUCUGUAAUUCGUUGGAAAUUUUUCGGGCAUAUCUGUUCUCAACAAUUGGUCAAUCUUCUAAUUAAUUUACUUUAUUAAAUAGUACCAUGGGACUAUCGACGAAUUUCUGCUCACAUGUACAUUUUGUCAAGGAUUCAUAGGAGAAUGAAAUUUACCCAAGAAAAUGAACCAUCUAAAAAUAUGUGAACCACCAAAUAAUAAGUUUUACCGAAAAAUCGGGUAUGUUGGUAAUUAUUAUUACAUAAACCGAGUUUCUUCUUCUCCAUUUCUUCUCUCUCCCUCUCUCUCUCUAAUAUCAUUAAGUGCCUCUCUCUCUCUCUCUUUGCAAUUGCAAAGAACAGUCAGAUUUCAUCCCAAGUUCCAUAAAAAAGCCAAUUGAGGAACAAAGACAAGUAGCUUUGGAGACCCAAAAGGAAAACUAGGCUCAAAUGGCGGAAAACUAGGUUCAGAUGGUGCAUAUACAGAGAAUGAACCAGAUGAUGAUAGACAACAUAAAGGAAUUGCAAAGAAGAGUCAGCUUUCAUCCCAAUUUCCAUAAAAAACCGUUUUAAGAUUUGGAUGUUAUAGCCUUCCACCACUGAUCUCGAGAUUGUGGAGCAGUUGAGGAACAAAGAGGAGCGGAUAGUAGCUUUGGAGACCCAAAAGGAAAACUAGGCUCAAAUGGCGGAAAACUAGGUUCAGAUGGUGCAUAUACAGAGAAUGAACGAGAUGAUGAUAGACAACAUAAAGCAACUGUUUCUCCAUGAGUUUAAUUUUUUUUAUAGAUUUUAAACCUUUUAAUGUUGUUUUCGUUUUCUAAAACUUUUAUAUAUUUUUUCAUUUUAGUUAUGCUGUUCAAUCCAAAUUUAAAAUUUUAAAAAGAAAUUAAUUAAAAAAUUAGUUUUAAAAAUAUAACUUUGAAAAUGAAAAACAUUCCAAUAUUUUUGACAAAUUUUCAUGAGUAAUAUUUCCGACGAACUAAUUUCCUUGAAAAUAUUUCUGACAAACCUAAUUUUCUGGAAAUAUUGGCAACCAACUUUUCUUCGUAUGAAAUAUUACAGGAAUCUAAUUAGCUAGAAAUACAUUAACAACACACGAAAUUCGUCAAAAAUACAUUACGGACAAACUAAAUUCAUCGGAAAUAUCAGCUGAAAAAUGUCUGAUGCUUGUUUUUGAGGCUUAUUUCAAUGGUCUUUUUGUCAAAGAUGUGUCUGUCGGAAUCUAUCAUGAACUCGUCGGAAAUCUCAAGCAAUUCCAGAUAGAUAUUUUUCCGACGAUAUAUAUCUGACAAAGCAGUUUUCAUCGAGAAUUCGUCGGGAAUAGCCUUUAUCCAUCAAGAAUUCAACCUUUUUUUUGUAUGAUAAUAUCAAAUGAAAAGAAAAACUUCAAGUUUAGGGUGGAAAGAGAGAGGCCUUCGGGUAAAUCAUACACAUAUACCACAUUUAACAUUUAUAUCCCACAUUAAAUUGAGAGGUUUCCGGCUUAUCUAUCUAAUACCAAACGAAAUUUCUAACCCAACUCUCCGAAUUUCAUCUUCACCAAACAAACAAUAUUCUAUGAGCAGAAUAAGGUCUAGAGAACCAAACAAAUAUGUUCACAUUAAGACAUCCAAAUACAUACUUAACGUUUGUUUAUAUAUUAUUUUUUUCACUAUUAUCAUCAUUCAACCUGACAAUAUGUACUAGGCUUGGGAAAAUUAUAAAUUAUCUGAAAUUUACAGAAUGUUGGGGUCAAAAUCGGUUAAGAAGAAAACAAUGUCGGAAAGUUUCCGAGAAAAUUUUCUUCUCUAAAAAAGAAAUAAAAUGUGGGAAACUAAAACUUCAAAUAAAAAUAUUAUACGACAAGUUCCUAGAAAAAGAUUAUUCAAUCUCUCGAGCAGAUGAUUCUCGAGCGACGAAACAACCAAACCGGCUUCGUCUAACCCCCCCUAUCAGACAAAUUGGAUGGACCUCACCCAACUUGCCCGAUGGUGAACGACCUCAACCACCUAAUUUAUCACCAUUUUGGAAAUCAAGAAGUGAUCUCUAUCUGUUCAUUCCUUCGUCUUCAUCGCCUCUGUUGGCGCAAGUUGAAGAUUAGAACUGAUCAGACUCUAUCCUCGUUGUAUCCUUCUCCUCAUACUUCCUCUGCUCUGUUGAUGUUGAUGAGUGAAACCGCUUUGCUUGAACUCGUUGGUCCUCUUCAGACUUCAGAAACUGUGGUCCUUUCUCCGACUUUGGAAUCUGUUACAGUACAGAUAGCUCCACCUCAGACCUUUUGCUCAACCACCCACGAUGGCAGUAGGGUGGUUCCUGCUUAGUGCUUCUAUUGAGGUUAACAACCAAUCGCUGGUUUCUGGACCAAGUCAGUUACAGAAACUUCCAAUCCCCGAGGUUAAAUUACCAACACAUCCAUCUGAUGAUCUUGCUCAAGCUCCAGAAAAAUUUGUCCCAUCUUUGGGAUUAUGGGCAAAACUGCUUUUCUUCAAACCUCGGGUCACACCUCCCAAACCUAGUACUCGAGACUAUGAUCCAACGAUUGUCGGGAAUCAAUUAGCUGCUCUCUGGCCAACUUUAAAAGACAAGAUCUUAAAUAAGCAACCAAAGGUUAAGUAUCCAUCCCGUACUAUCCAGCCUCCUAUUGAAAAGCUUCCCCCACAGGAAAUAAAAGCUGAUGGGAGCCUCCAUUUUACAUGGACUGCGAGAUCUUGCGCUCAAUCGCGCAAUCUGUACCGAGCAGAUACACAAACUUACCGUCUUGAUUCCACACCUGAGAUAUCUAUUCCUUUUAGGCUAUGUACCGAGAAUAAGGACAAGUACAUCACUGGAAAGUUCCAUAAAUGUUCUCUACCGCCAGGUGGUUUAGUACAUGCUGUGGUAAAUAAAAUUUUCCGAAGAAGUUGUAUGAUCAAUUGUAAGAAGCUUGGUGAUUCAUCUUUCAUGUUCCAUAUCCCGCACCAGCCUACUCACUCACAGCAAGGAGUAUGUCAUAUUAAUGACUGCUUACUUUUUGUAUUGCCAUGGACUCCAGAAGCUUCCUUCAAAGUCUCUGAAAUCUCCACCCUUCCAAUCUGGGCCACUUUGAAAAACAUCCUAGAUUGUUGCUUCUCAAGAUUAGGAAUAAGGCAUGUUGCAUCAGGACUUGGAGAACCCAUUCUUACGCAUAAACCUCGACUUGAUCCUACCAGUUUGGGCGAAGCAAAGGGUUUAGUCGAGAUUGAGUUGGAUAGAAACUUUUCGAAGAUUAUUUCUCUGGAUGAUAAACAAGGAGGUAACAUUUUCCUUGUAAAUAUUGAGUACACAUGGAUUCCAUCGAGGUGUGAGAGGUGUGGAAAUCUAGGACAUAAAGAGAAGAGGUGUCUUGUACCUUCAUCAACUGUUCAGGUUUCUGCCUUUACAUCACCUUCUAUAGACACUAGCUAUGUUGUCCCUUUAGUGGAUAUUGAUACCAUUCCGCAGCUAAAGGAUAAUGUUGGCUCUUCUCCACCCACUAUCCAUUAAGAGGAUCUACACGCCGAUGAAACAACACAGCAUUAGAUGGUGGUGUCCUUGAGCCUCAGAAAAAUAUUAAAGAGAUAGAAGGUCUCCUAUCUGAACUUGAAACCACUCCAGCUCUGCCAUCUACCUUUCAGCCAGAGAACACUACUGCUUCGCCAAACUUUGUCCCAACUUUUUCCACUUUAGUAGAUUAUCAAUAUACUCCCGUUGAAGCACUUAUUAUGGAGUCCUGUCCAUCAACUGUUAUCAACACUGAGGUACGUGAGACUUUAGUCGUUGAUCCAUUAACCACAAAACCUAUCACUUUUGGAUUUGAGAGUCCUUCUCAGGUCAAAGGGUUAGGAGAUGUGGAAGAAGUUGUGACAGAGGCAUCUUCCUCGAUCAACUUGACAAAAGGUGGGAGGGAGACAAAACUCCCUAUCAAAUACCAAGAAAUGGAAUGGAAGACGAUAUGAGGGAGAGGGAAGCUUGGCCGCCGCGGUCGUGGUUCUUAUCACUAGCUAUUGACUUUCAUUGUAUUGUUGUUUAUUCUAGACUCAAUUUAUGUUGUUCAGGGGUUGAGAUUCAUUCAUUCAUGAAACUUGUUACUAUAGGACCUUUCGUCUCUAGAAGAACCUUCGUUUUCUCUUAUAAUAUUUUAUGUUUUUAAAUUAAAAGCCCUUCUUCUUCAAAAAAAAAGAUUACAAUAAUUUUCUCGAUUUAAAGUAUCUCCUAAUUUAAAAGCAUUAAAUACUAAAUUAUAUUUUAAUUUUUAAUACAUGUUAGUUAUGAAAAUUAAUUUAUUUAAUAUAAAUUUAAAUAGAAUAAAAAUUAAAACUAAUUAAAUAAAUAUAAUAAUUAUGGAAAAUUCUAUAAGUUGUAAUAAAAUAAUAUUUACAUAAAUUUAAUAGUAGGUAAAAUAAGAAAAAAACAAAAAAAACCAACCAACCAAUAAAUAUCAAAACUAGUAAACUUAAAAUUUAAAAGAAAAAUUGUAAAUAGUUAGAAAUAUGUUAAAAUUUAAAUCUUAAGAAAUCACUAUUAUUUAAUUUUCCAUAUCAUAAUUUAAUGUAUAAUUUGAUAUAUAUAUAUAUAUUAAUAAUGAAUAUUACAUGAUUUAAUAUUGAUUAAAAUAGGAAUAAAAGUAUAUGCAAACUAAAUAAACAAACAUUAAAAAUAUUUAAAUAUUAAAUAUUAUGAUUAAAAUAAACUUAUAGGAUUAAACUUUAUAAGUUAAUAAUAUAUUAUGAAUAGUAUAAAUAAGCACAAUUAUAGAUAAGUAAUAAUAAAAAAAUGUAAAUUGUUCCAAAUUAUUGUAAAUAGCUAAAAUUAGGUAGAAAUUGUAGAUCUUACAAAAUCUGUACCUUAUUUUCAAAAUUGUAAUACAAUUUUAUUCCAAAGGUAAAAAUUUCUAUCUAAGGACACAUAAUUAUAAAUAUAAUAAGUAAUAGUUUAAUUUUAGAUGUAAUUUUGAUUAAGACCCUACAAAUGUCAUAAUAUGUUUGUUUUAAAAUAGAAUAUAAUUGUUGGUGUUUAAUUUUUCUUAAUUGCUUUUUUUUAAAUGUCUGGUAAUCAAAAAUAUACACAUUGUAAUAUUUAUAAAUAAUUCAUAAAAAGAACUACACAAAAAUAUCUUGGAUAAAAUAGAAACAUUUAACAAUCUAAGUGAUUAAUGAAUGAUUAUAUAUAUGACUUCUUAAUAAUGAUUCUAUGAAACAAUAGAUUUUGGAUUAUUAUUUAAACAUGAUGCUUUAUAUACAUAAUAUCAAGAAGAUAAAAUCACACUCUUUGAAAUAAGAAUUCUAAAAAAAAAAAAAGACAUCACAUUGUUGUUUAAGAAAACCAUGAAAAUACAGACAUCUCUCAUCUGUAUACUCAUCAUCUCUCUAUUUGUUUUGCAUCACUGUGCAAGGAUGGAAGUUAGAGAAAUAGAUAAAUCAAACAUUAUCAUAUCAUCAAAUUGUUAUAAUGUAAAAUGGUUUAAGAAGUUCGGUUGGUGUUGUAAAAGUUUAAAAGGUAUACCUUGCUGGCACGACAAAGCCUCGUGCGACAAAGUUUGUCCUCCUCCUCAUUAUCCUCCAAAGUAAUAUGAAAUUAAACUUAUGUAAUAGUAAUGGUUGUUUGCCGAUAUAGAAUAAAAAAUCAAUAAAAUAAAGAACCAUUCUUUAGUUCAAA